CAAACUCGUAUGGCCAUGACUGAUAUGAUCGAUUUACAAGCAAGCGAGGGGGAUCUAUCCGACUACUAUAUGCGCCUCAAGAAAAUCUUCAGCAACGAAACACGGUUGCAAAGCCGCGAGGCGUCCAUCAGCAAACGGAGCUCCAGAGUCCACAAAAAUAUUCUUAGUGCCAAGGAGGCCAUCGAACGGCAGGAGCGCGACUUUGGCAAGCUGCAAAAAGUGUUGCUGAACCGCAACCAGGAACUGGAACGGAGAUUCACCUUGGGCGAGGCAUUGGCGCAGCAGCUCGAGGUGACCCGGCAGCGCAACGCGGACAUGGAGGCGCAGCUGUUGCGGCACACGACGGAGGGCAGGCAGCGCAGCAACGAGCUGAUGGAAUGCAUGCACAGUCUCAAGCAGGCAACGGGGACGUACAUCAACCACGAGGCGUUCCCGGCGCGUCUCAAUGGUGUCAGCGUAGUGCGGGCCGACGACGGCGACAUCAAGUUGAUACCCUUCUCUUUGGACGGCAACGACGCCGACGGCCUGCACACGCUGUGGCGGUCUUUACACACCCGCACUGACAAUGCCAGCAAGUGGCGGAAGCUCAUUUCGGACCAGGAGGUGGCUGGGGCCAGUCCAGUUACCCCAAGCGGGAGUGAGAGACCGAAGGCGACGUUGAAGCACAGCAACUUUAUGCCGACAUCUAUAAUUGAGAUUGAUCUCACCUCGCCGACAAAUGACGCCUCAUGAAUUGACUGCCACUCCAGUGGCAUUUUUCCGAUUAAUAUUAAAUUUGUAUAAAGAAUAAUUAAUAAAUAAUAUUUAACUCGUCUUAAGUUA